AUGUGUGGUAUCUGCUGUGUGGUGACCCUCUCCAGCCAGCACACCAUCCGUAGUUCCCUGGGCGAAGACGUACUCCGCCGUCUUGGGAGAAGAGGACCAGACAGCAGUCAACAGCUGGUAAAAACUGCACCUGACCUCCCUUGUGAGUGUCUGUUUUCUGGCCAUGUGCUUCGCCUGAGGGGACCAGUGACUCCUCAGCCUCUGGAAGAUGCCCACAACAAUAUUUUUCUUUGGAAUGGAGAAAUUUUCGGUGGAGUGCACGUAGGAGAUGCAGAGAAUGACACUGCAGUGAUGUUUCAUCAUCUCACAUCGUGCAGGAGUGAAGCAGACAUUCUGUCACUCUUUUCCUCGCUUCGGGGGCCGUGGUCUUUUAUUUAUUAUCAAGCAUCCAGACACAGUUUAUGGUUUGGUAGAGAUUAUUUUGGUCGUCGUAGUUUGCUCUGGCAAUGUGGUAAUGAGGUUGAUGGUGCUUUCUGUCUCACAUCUGUCAGUGUUUAUUCUGAAUCAAGUGACCAAUGGCAAGAAGUCCCAGCAUGUGGAAUUUUCAAAAUUGACCUCAAAGCUUGUGCAACAACUAAGUCUUUUUCUUUAACAUUGUUCCCAUGGAAGUACAGCUGCACAGAGAAACCAGUAGAAGAAAUAUUCAUUGAUGCUCUGGACCGAGUUUCAAAAGACUUGCUGAACCACAUACCUCUUGUGCUGAAUGAAUCAAAGCUAUGUCUCAGAGCACCAGUUGUUCCCUUAAAUAAAACAAUUAAUGAAGCUUCAGGUGGAUGUCUAGGCAGUAAUGUUAGCAACAUUACCCAUAUGGUUUCAGUAGAAACCCUUCAAGGAUUCCUUGCAGAGGAACACAGGAAAAAAUUAGUCUGUCAGUUUACGGAUGUUUUAAACGAAGCAGUGAAGAGACGGGUUUUAUCUCUCUUCAGAGGUGAAGGACAGAAAACAAGAGAAGUUGCAAGAGCGUCUAGUAGGGAAGCACACGUUGCAGUGCUCUUCUCUGGUGGCAUUGAUUCCAUGGUUAUUGCAGCUCUUGCUGAUAAACAUGUGCCUUUAGGGGAACCAAUUGAUCUUCUCAAUGUAGCUUUCAUGGUAAAAGAAAAAGCCAAGCAAAAAGGUACCACUAAAAAACAGACCAACAGAGAAGAUUUGCUUUGUCCUCAAGAAAGUUGCCAAGAUCUUGAUGCUAAAACUGGUGCUCAUUUAUCUUGCUUUGAUGUUCCUGACAGAAUCACUGGUAGGGCAGGACUGAAAGAAUUGGAAGCCAUUAACCCUUCAAGAAGCUGGAACUUUGUGGAGAUUAAUGUUACACUAGAAGAACUGAAAACAAUGAGGCACCGAUGCAUUCAUCACCUAAUUUAUCCACUGGAUACAGUCUUGGACGACAGCAUUGGCUGUGCCAUUUGGUUUGCAUCCAGAGGGGAGGGUUUUAUUAGUAACCAAGGAGAACUGAAACCAUAUAAAAGCCCUGCAAAGGUUGUGCUUACAGGAAUUGGAGCAGAUGAGCAGCUUGCUGGGUAUUCUCGACAUCGUGUUUGCUUCAGAGAGCAUGGCUUGGAGGGUGUGAAUGGAGCGCUGGAGCUGGAGCUGGAUCGCAUUGCCUCUAGGAACCUCGGCAGAGAUGACAGGGUCAUCGGUGAUCAUGGAAAAGAAGCCAGGUUUCCUUUUCUUGAUGAAGAUGUUGUCUCUUUCCUCAAUUCUGUGCCCAUCUCUGAAAAAGCUGACUUGACUUUACCUCGGGGAAUUGGUGAGAAAUUGAUUCUGCGCCUUGCAGCCACGGAGCUUGGCCUUACAGCUUCAACCAUUUUGCCAAAAAAGGCUUUACAGUUUGGAUCUCGGAUCGCCAAACUAGAGAGCAACAGUGAAAAAGCAUCUGACACGUGCAGCAGACUGAAGUUACUUUCAGUAGAUUAAUUAUAAAGCUAUGUCUUGAGAUGUUGCAUUUAUUCUAGAUGCAAAUUCAGUAAAUCUUUGGAGUUCUCUUAGAA